AUGGCUUUCAAAUUCCUGGCAGCUUGUGCCCUGUUUGCCGUUGCCAAUGCCGGCCUGCAGCAACCGAUAAACCCCGUCUACCAUGCGGCACCCAUCAACUUUGCCCAGCCGGCUCUGUUCAAACCGGCGCAGCAGCAGCAACAGUACUACGCGCAGCCCACCCUACUCAAGCAGGUAGCGCAACCGGCGCUAGUCCAGACCUAUGCUCAGCCGGCCCUCGUCAAGACCUACGCCCAACCGACCGUCGUGAAGAGCUACGCACAGCCCACCGUCGUGAAGAGCUACGCACAGCCAACCUACGUGAAGCAGGUCGAAGAGUACGCACCGGCUAACUACGAGUUCUCGUACUCCGUCCAUGACGAGCACACCGGCGAUGUGAAGAGCCAGCACGAGACGCGCCACGGUGAUCAGGUGCAGGGACAGUACUCGCUGUUGGACUCCGAUGGCCACCAGCGCAUCGUCGACUACACCGCUGACGAACAUAACGGAUUCAACGCCGUCGUCCGCCGCGAACCGACUAACGUCAAGAUCGCCCAGCCUGUCCAGAAGGUCAUUGCGCAGCCGGCAUACGUUGGACAUUAUUGA